AUGGCAACUAACGGCUCCCGGUCAGCAUACGGCCUCACGAGGCAUGCCGUUCGGCAUUGCCAGUCGGCGGCAACCCCCCGAGUCGCCUCUCCUAUCCAGUGCCUCUCCCGAACGUUUGCGACGUCCAGCUCCCGACCGGCAGCCGAGAGCAAGAUCGACCAAGUGUCGAGAAAAACCGAGGAGGCGGACCGGCCCGACGAGGUCAGGCAGCGCCCGCGAUGGUCGUAUACCCCCGAGGGCAUGAAGGCGCCCUUCUCGCCUCACAUCACCAAGAACCCGGCACGCAGCGUGUGGUCCGUCAACACCGACCCCAAGAAGCUCGACCAGAUGUACAUCAAGUUCCUGGGUCGCGACGGCGACAAGAUGCUGCCCGACGAGGUCAAGUGGCUGGCGGUCACGCACAAGAGUUUCGACCAGGGCCGUCGGGGUUUCAACGACAAGCUGGCGUAUUUGGGCCGACAGGCAGUUGUUCUCGAGUCUACAAAAAGCAUAGUGACGUCUUCACCCGCAAAGGAUGGCGCCAUUGUCCCGGACGAGCACGGCCGCACACCCUUUGAGCACCCGGCUCUCGCGAGCCUCGACAGCCUCAACGUGGAGCUGCCGCAGAAGGUCGUCACGAAGGAAAAGGUUGAGGAGCUGGCCAUGGCCGCUGGCAUCGACAAGGUUCUGCGGUGGAAGCCGGCAAAGCCUUUGGCUAACGCGUACGACCAGCCCGAAAACCUUGCUGGGUCAGGCCAGCAGAUUGUGCUCAACUCGGCCGUGUUUGCCAUUGUGGGGGCCAUUACGCUCCAGCACGGCGCCGAGGUGGCAGGUAGAGUCAUUAGGGAGAGAAUAUUGAGGCCGCUCUCGCUCAGGCAAUAA